AUGUCAAGGAAAUUACCUUCAAUUUUACAUGAAGAAUCAAUUCGUCAAGGUCUAAAGUCAAUUAACUCAUUAGGACAGCCCAAUUGGUCUCUUAGGAUAGUAGAUGAAUUAGGUCCACCUUCACAUGUUUUAGAAGUUCAUUAUAAAUUAAAGAAUUUUAAAAAAACUUGGGAAUUUUUAAAUUUAAUUGCAAAACAAUCUGAUUUAAAAAAGCAUCAUCCUACUAUUAUUACAACUUAUAAUAAAAUAGAUAUUGAAUUAACUACUCAUGAUGUUGGUAAUAAUAUAACUGAUGAAGAUUUAAAUUUAGCUGAAUCAAUACAUAAAGAAUAUUAUAAUCUAAUAUCACAAAAACCAAACCAAUAA